UCGGUCUUUUUUGCUAUCUUGAACAUUUUAACACCAAAAAAACCUUUUUAAGGACCUGAUUUAGACCACGGUGUACAUAAAAUUUUAAUGUAUUCUUGAUAAUGGUUCCGAGAUAUUGCCAAUCAAUAUGCACAUAAAGCAGCCUUGUGGUUCUUAUUAAACCACAUAAUGGAUGAUUUCAGCGAAUGUUAGCGCAAUAAAUUGCAUUUUUUCUAUUUUGAGCGUCCAAGACCCAGACCGGUUUGGACGGGACGACUUUUUACACUUUUAACGUUUAGCGAUUUUUCAAUACAUGAUAUGAUUUAGCGAUUCAUUCAGCAAUGAGUUUCAAUGUCUAAGACCCCCAUCAAUAAUUAUCACCUUAUCGGCCGAUUUAAAUAUAAAAAGAUUAAAAAAUUAAUUGAUUGCCACUUUUAUCACUUUUCGCCACACUUUAAGACAAUGGUUGAACAAACUUCUCUUUGCAACAUUCUCAUCCAGAGAUAAGUUAGAUGUAAGUGUGUCGUUUAAGGGAAUUUUGCAAAGUCAUAUGCAGAUAACUGGGUGGACGAGAGGCGAAUUUCCUAAAAAAUGGCACUGUUUAUGCUUAAAAUAGACAAAUUUAUAGAUAAGCUAGGCACUCAGACAUCAAUAAAAAUGCUGAUGCAACUUUUGGGGAAUUGAAUAAGAACAUUUUCCACUCGCAACUAGUCGAAGACUAGCGUUUUUGCUUGCCCAGCAGUGUACGUUAAGCACCUUUUCAUUCGAUGAAUUAAACUAAUUCAAAUUUAAUCUGCUCUCUUGCCACUAAUUAAUCCAAAAUCGUCCAUUAGAGUAUAAAUCGAGAGAUUCUCUCGGUUCGGGUUCAGUCUUUAAAAGGCGGCGCCCAAGACCAGUCACAACAUAUUCCACAAAACUCGAACAGAAGGAAAAAUGCCCAGUUUAGAGCAAGAAGUUAUCUUCAAGAAGGCCACGUUCGGGAUGGGAUGUUUCUGGGCGAAUGACGCCCUUUUUGGGGCCCAACCGGGCGUUUUGCGCACCAGAGUUGGCUAUGCAGGCGGCACCACUGGAAAUCCGGUUUACAAAAAUAUUAGCGGAAGCGAAUCAGAGGGUGGUUCCUCACACGCGGACUCUGUACCGAGUACCAGCGGUUCGAAUCCCAGGGGAGACCACACUGAAGUGAUUGAAAUUGAUUUCGAUCCCAACAUUAUCAGCUACCGCGAUUUGCUGAAACUCUUCUGGGACAAUCACGAGUACGGACUCACCACUGUGAUUAAAAGACAGUACAUGUCUUUGAUUCUCUACCACGAAGAGGAACAGAAGCGGAUCGCCGAACUGGACAUUGAGGUCGAAGCAGGAAAGAGGAAUGAGAAGUUGAUUACUGAAAUCGCACCAGCCGGGCCGUUUUAUCCAGCCGAAGACUACCAUCAGAAGUACCGUUUGCAGAAGCACAAAUGGAUCAUGGAGGAGCUGAACAUUUCCCCCGAUCAGCUGCAAACUUCCCAAAUAGCUGCUCGACUCAAUGGCUACCUGGCCGGAGUGGGAAAACUGCAAGAUCUGGAAAAGGACGUUAAAGUGCUGGGAAUCCCCGAAAAGAUUGCCAGCUUUGUGAAGAUCCAGUACUUGGAUAAUGAGGGCGGAAGUCUCUAUUGUUAAAAUCCACAUUUGGUGUUCCAGCUACACAUUUCUCCCACCCUCAAUGUAAAAGACGCAACAGCUGAGGCUUUGGAGCCAUUAUCUUUCUUAUUAAGACUGCUAGGAUGGCCAAAGCUACAUGCUUUCAGAUGAAUAAAUUUGAAUGUUUGCUGUUUUGGUCAUUUUUCGCGUGUUUAUUCUGUUGAACAUUCAGUGUUAAUGUAAUUUUGUUAAUCAUUGACCAGACGUCCAUUUACAACAAAUAGGAAGAGGGAGAUUAAACAAAGAUUUUUAAUUA